AUGAGGCCAAUGAAGACACGUAUUGUUUCUGGCAGCAAUCGGCGCACACAAUACGGUGGAGUGGAUAUGGAAAAAGAAAAAGUUUCUCUACUUAUUUGGGUUACGCUGGUUUUAGUUAUUCGGGAGAGUUUUGGAGCUCCUAUUACCAAAGACAAUGACGAUUUCUUAUUGGAAGAUAUGAUUUUUGAUACUCUUAGAAAUGGUGCUAUAGCUCCAGCAUUAAAAUGGCCCAAUGCCACUGUAUAUUAUCGGAUAGAUGAAAGCUUUGAACAAAUCCAAAAGGAUGCCAUAUUAACGGCCAUGAAUUGCAUACGGGAUGUCUCAUGCAUUCAGUUCUAUGAGGCCAAUGAAAAUACCACGGAUUAUGUUAAUAUUAUACCCUCGGAAACAGGUGCUUGCAGUUCUAUGUUGGGCUAUCGUGGUGGCGUUCAAAUACUCCAAUUCGCCAAGGAGAGGAAAAAAUGUUUUAAUCCCAUUAUUAUUUCCCACGAAUUGCUACACACCUUGGGCUUCUAUCAUGAACACAUGUCAUGGAUGCGCGAUGACUAUGUCACAAUAAAUUGGGAUAACAUUGUACCGGGUAAAGAAAUCUUCUUCCACAAAUUGAAUAAUAAAACCGUCUCGGACUAUGGUUAUGGCUACGACUAUGACAGUAUUAUGCACUAUGGCCCGCUGAGUUUUACAUUGAAUAAUUUACCAACAAUAACACCGCAUGACAGUAAUGCCAAAAUUGGCCAACGUCAAAAUUUAAGUCCCAAAGAUAUUGGCAAAUUAAAUGCCAUGUAUAAUUGUCCGAUUAAGGGGCAGGAGAUGGGUUCUCAGGAAAUGGUUGGAGGUGAGGAGAAUGGAGAAAGUGUAGAGUAUGAAGAUCUAGAAGAGGAAGAAGAUGCGGAUUAUGAAAACAAAAUUGAUGGUGAAACUGAAGAAGAAGAAGACGGCGAAGGAGAUGAAGAAGUUGAUUAUGAAGAUGAAAUGGAUGAAGAGUUUGUAGAAGAAGAACAAAAUACAAAUGAGAUUGAUAAAUAA